AUGGAAAGACAAAAAAAAAUUAAAAAAAAGCUUCUACUCUUCUUUGUUUACCUUUUUCUGUACGUCUCGAUUAACGGUGUCCUGCUUCAGAAAGUACUCAAACUUAGUUCAGUUACAUGCACGAUGGAGCUAUCUGAGUCGGGGUUCUUGUUUAUAAAGCCACUGAGCACUUCCUAUUUUGACUUUGUCAAUGUCUUGUCGCCCCUUAUUUCGGUUGAAUUGCAUCAAAAUCCCAAGGAUUUCGCUUUUAACCUGAAACAAUUGAAUGAUUUACGUGUCGAGACUUUAUCUAACCCUUCAACUAUAACGUUCGAGUUGAUCACAAAAUUGAAAAAAUACCAGACGUUGUUACCCUAUGUGAAGACUCAUUUCCCUAAUUUGAUGUUUGAAUGGGAAAAUCAACUGGUGGACUUCAACAAGGAGCUACAGAAUAUAAACUACAAUCUCUCUGCUUAUUACAGUAUACUAGCUACAUCUCUGAUAUCUUCGAACUUAAAACGAUCGGCUAUUUAUUUCCAAUACUCGGCGUCCUUAAAUGAUCAAUUCAUGAAUAUACUGUUAGGUCAGGCACAGGAAAUCUAUUAUCAAACUGCGUUAUCAAACUCCUUUAAAGAUUCCCUGAUUACCAAAAUAACCAUCCAAGUUGCCGAUUUUUAUGAUCAAAGGGAGACAGAGGGUAUCUGGUCUUACGUUUAUUUGAAAUACGUUUAUUUUCGAUGUUUAUCCUAUUUGAAAUAUUCUCUCAAUUGUAAGGAUAAGGGUGUAGCCAAGGCUUGCUUACAAGAAUGCCAAAAUCUUUACUCAUCGAUUGGCGAUAUUCAGGACGUGGAGUUUGCCCAGCUCUCACAGGAUCUCGAAAAUAUUAAAUUAAAAGUUAUCAAUAGGUUUGAUGAGAUGGAAGAUGUAGAUGUUGGAAAGUUAGGCGAGUUGAAGAGAUGUAUACUUGCAAAGCCUAUCGAACCUCCUGAUUUGGAGGUCGAGGCGCCUUUUCAGAAAUUGAUUCCUAAAAAUAUAGUUGAGAAGUUGUUGGUCUAUGAGAAAACAUUUGAUGAAUUCAUUCAAAAUGAACUUAUGACUCCUUUGGUUGAGUUGAAUAUAGACUUGAAUGUAUCAAAUAUCGAAUAUGAGUUGGAAAAAAUUACCGGAAAAUUUGUGCCUGAAAUAAUACUUCAGUAUCGAGAUCAGUUGAUUGAGCUUGGGGGAAUAGAAAAGCUUGACAAUCUAUGGAAUACCCUAACCUUCUUGAAGAAUGAGUGUCGUUUGAAGCUUGAUAAUAUCUGGAUACUCUUGAAAAACCAAACUCAAUAUGAGGAGACAUUGGCUUUGGAACAUGGUUAUGAAAAUUGGAAACUGGAGAUUCUGGAAAAUAACCAGCAGGCUGGACCUAUUAUCAAUUCCUUCAAGAUUUAUGAGAACUAUAUAAAGCAGGCCGAGAAUGGAGACAACUUAAUAAAUAUACAAAUUAAUGAAAUACGACCUUUUAUUUCAAUCUUUCACAAAAUGCCCAUAUUAAAGGAAUACAUUCCCGAUGCAGAGUAUAUUGAUAUGAAUCCCCAAUUGAAGGAUGUCGUGCAAUCCUUAAGAAAAUGCAUUGAGGAUAUAAAAUCAUUAGUUGAGGAGCGUAAUAAAUUUACCGCCCAGUUGAAACACAAAGCUAAAAGGUUCGAUGCCUUUCAGAAAUACCAAAAAGGUGAAGAUUUGAAUUCGUUACUGAAAAAUGAAAUUAUGACGUAUUCCAAGGAGAUUGAAUUUGUUGAUAACUCAAAGCAAAAACAGUUGAACAUGAUUGAAACGUUGAAUGAACAAACAGUACAGUUUAGCCGCAUAAAGACAAGUUUGAAAGUAUCUGCCAAACGUAUUGAAACAAUCAAUGUUUUGAAGGCUUCUUUUGAAGGGUUUUUGGAAACCCUGAAGAAUGCAAAGCAGGGUGUUGAGUUUUAUCAAAACUUACUUGAGAACAUCAAAUCUAAAACUUCACAGUUGGACCUAUUUCUGAGCAAAAGGAUAGGCCUUGUUAAAUCAAUAAGGAACAGUGUUUAG